CACGGUAGCAAGUUUCUGCUGUAUCACCUAUAAACUGGACACUGGAGAAAUUUACACACCAAAUUUUCCUGACUACACUGCCCUUUCCCCACAAUGGCCUCCUCCUCAUCAGUUGGAGAUAAUCAACUGCAAAGGAUAAUCAGAGAUCUGCAUGAUGCCGUGUUAGAGUUGAGUAAAGAACACAAGGAGUGCGGUGAACCCAUAACUGAUGACAGCGCUAACCUGCACAAGUUCUUCUAUAAACUGGAAUACCUGCUACAGUUUGACCAGAAAGAGAAGACAACCUUUCUUGGCCAGAGGAAAGACUACUGGGAUUACUUCUGCGACUGCCUGAUUAAGAUCAAGGGAGCUAACGAUGGCAUCCGUUUUGUAAAGUCCAUCCCCGAGAAAAAAAGUGACUGGUAUUAUGCUCGGAGUCCCUUUCUUAAGUCUCACCUCACUGCUGAUAUAAUCAACAACCUCUAUGAGCUCAACCAGAUCCAAUUUGACGUGGCAGCCAGAGGUUACGACCUGGAUGCAGAUUGGCCGACAUUUGCGAGGCGAACAUUAGGCACUGGCUCAUCAGCUUUCCUGUGGAAGCCUCCCAGUCGCUGCUCCAGCAUCAACAGCCUUGUUAGCGGCUACUCACACACACAGGCGCAGGAGUUUCUCCCAAUUCAAGACCUGAGUCACAGUGUCCUUGGUGAACUGGGGGAACUGGGGGAACCAUCUCCCUGCAGCAUCGCAGAAAACCUCCGCAUCGAGCUCGACCAGUCUGAGCUCAGACAGCAGGAGCUCCUGGUGCAGGUUCAGGAGUUGGGCAAAGAGGCUGUUGAGCUGAAAGGUGUGAUUAAAGACUUGCAAGGCCGGCUAGCUCAGAAGUCCUCUGGCCACUCUGAAACAGCAGCAGCCCAAAGUACCCAAGAAGCAGAUAAUCAGGAGAGAGAUAAUCACCUUCAAACCUGUAGGGAAGCAACAAACAGUGACGUUCAAGACAGACUCACAGCUGCUGAGAACAAAAACAUGGAGCUACUCUCAAAGUUGGAUGAGGCACUCAAAGAAAAGGGACAGCAAGCUGCUAGCUACUGUGACUCAGCCUGGAAAAUCCAAGAACUUCUGGAUAAACUUAAGACAGCAGAGGAGGAGCGGCUGGAGGCGAAAAGAGAGGCUGAGGACAGGGCCAGGCACUCUGAGCGUCUGUCCCAGGAACUAAAACUCAGGGAAGAAGAGUUGAGGAACAGCGAGGAGAAACUGGCUGAAGUAAAAGCCGGAGCACAUGACGAACGUGAGGAGGCGCUCAAACGGUUGGAGGAGCUCCAAAGUGCAGUCGGUCGAAUUCAGGGGGCACUGAGUUUGAAAGAGAAGGAGACGGGGAACUUGAGAGCCCAGCUUCAGGAUCUACAAGCAUCGCUGGAGUGCAGAGAGCGGCAGGCGGAGGACCUGAGGAAAAGAUUGCAUGAGGAGAGGGAGGAGGUAGAGCAGAGAUGUAGCAUGAGCAGCAGCCAGAAUGAGGGACUCGAGUUUGAGUUACUGGAUGUAAAAAGAGCUCUAAAAAACAGAGAGAAAGAGCUCUGCGCUAGUUCAGAGAAAAUCAAGCAUUUGGAGGAGCAGUUGGAGAAGCUAAAUGUCGAGAAAGAAAGUCUGAGCUCUAGACUUGCUGAUAAUGAAAUUGUUUCCUCUGAGAGUCUUGAGGACUAUAAAACUCAAUGCAGCAAUCUCAUGGAAAUUAAUGCUGAGCUACUCCAAACAGUUGAAAAGAGUGAGAGGAGCAUUACAGAGCUGACAGAGAGCAGGGAAGCCAUGUUAGACCAGCUAGCUUCUUUGAGGGCCUCUGAGAAACACUUAAAGGGCCAAGUUGAAGCUGCAAAUGUGUGUGUUGAGGAUCGGGAGAAAAAGCUUCUAGAUGAAAACUUGCAUUUGGAAGAGAUUGCUCAAAAGGUGCUCGUCCAGAAGGAAGCAUCUGAUGCUCAGUUAAAAAAGUUAGAGCAUGACAACAGGGAGCUUCUCGAGGUCCAAUCCUCGUUAAAGACACAAUUAGCAACAACUCAACACGAACUGGACUCACUCACUGCCAAAGCUGCAAAGUUGGACAAGAACCUCACAGCGUCCCAAAGAAGCCAAGCAGAGUUACUUGAAAAACUGCAGGAAACUGAGGCAAAACUGCGAGAGCAGACUGUUGAGUGUGGGCGUCUGCAAGCUCGAGCAGAGGAGCUGGAGAGCAGGACUGGGGAGGUGCACGAUGAGAAGGGAGCUGCAGAGAGCAAUGAAAAGAUGCAGAAGCUUCACGAUGAGCAUCAGACAUCCUCAGUGGAAACCAAAGAGGCCCCGUUUAGGUUAGUUAUAGCUGAGGCUCAACUGGAGCUCAACCUAAGGGAGGUGCAUCGGCUCCAGGAGGAGGUGGUGGAGCUCAGGGCUCAGCUUCUAGCAGGAACUGAGGAGAGGAUGAAAGUUCAGGCACUGCAGGAGGUGACGGAGUCCUCCAGAGAGGACCUGCGUGUCUUAGCGGAACAACUGAAAGCCCAGGUAGAGGAGCUAAACCGCCGGCACGUGGAUGAGAUUCUGCGAUCUCGGGAGCGAGAGGAGGCUCUUAUCCGGGAGCGUGACGGUGAGGCUCAGGCUCGAGCAGGUCUGGCUGCAGAGGUGACGGCCUCCAGAGAAGAGCUCAAUAAACUGAAGCAGCGUUGUGAGGCCUUGUGUUUGGAGAACAGCGAAUGCAAGGAGGCGCUCCAUAGAGCCAACACGGAAACAGCUGAGCUCGGCGUGCAUGUGUGUAUGCUAACUGCUGAGAAUGAAGAGGCUCGGCUGCGCUGGGAGGGCUUGUCAACAAGGCUGCAAGAGCUUGACGAGGAGGCAGCUCAGGAGGCAGAGAGGGUGGAUACCUGCAUGGAGCAGCUGAGACAGGAGAACCAGCAACUCUUCGAUCAGCUUCAUAACGAGGAGAGCUUGUUGGCAACCAAGCAGGAGCUGAAGGAACAGCUGACUAAGGCACAACAGGAGGCCGUAGCUGUGCAGGAGGCGAGCCAGGAGGAGAUUCAGGCACUCCGCUUCCAGCUUAGCAGCCAAGCCAUGAGCCACGACAGCCAGCUCCAGACUUUGAAUCAAGAGUUACUGGAAGUGAAAUUACAGCUGACGACUGAGCAGGAGAAAGUGGCCGACUUGGAGGACAAAUUCAAACAGCUAGAGGCUGAGAAUCAGAGAUAUUGCCAACAGAUUGAGGAGAAAAACAUCCAGAUGGCCGAUUCUGAAAAUCUCAUCCAGCAGAAAGAAGACGAGAUAAUCCAUCUGAAAGGGAAUUUAUCAAGGUCUGAGGAUGGUCUGGCAGCAGCACAGCGAACCUGUCAGGAGAUGAGCGAAAAUCUACGGAGAGUCACACAGGACAAACAGAGCUUUGAUCUUAAGACGGCUGCUGAACUCGAUGAUCUUUACAGAACCAAAAUCAAUUUGGAAGAGAGGCUUGUAGAACUCAUCAGGGAGAAAGAUGCACUGUGGCAGAAGACGGAUGCUCUGGAGUUUGAGCAGAAAUUGCGGGAUGAGGAGACAGAGAGGGACGUCAACUACUGUCUGGGCUGUCACACUCAGUUCAGCUGGUGGCUCCGCAAGUACAACUGCAGACUGUGUGGGCGUCCCUUCUGCUACUACUGCUGCAGUAACACAGUGAGCAUGGAGCAGGGCGGCCUCAGAGAGCGCUGCUGCAGGGACUGUUACAACCAGCACAGUGCAGUAGUAGAGCGCCACCCACAGGAGGAAGUGACUCACAGCACGCCGGGGACGCCUUUCAGGCGUUUGCUGCAGGCUGGGAGAGCUGUGACGAGUAUGUCAGGAGCAGAUGAAGGUGACAAGCUGGAUGAUGGUGUUUUUGACAUCAUCACAGACGAGGAGGUGAGCGGGGUCUAUGACAGUGACACCCUCUCUUUUGCCACCGCGUGCUCUCCUGGAUGCGGCCAGCAGGGGGCAGCACAACUAAACAGCAGUGCAAGUGCAGGGGACCUCACAUCAGAAGACACUGAUGACUUCAGUGCUGCGGUACAAGAUGCAGAGAUCUGCCUGCUAAAGUCUGGAGACCUCACGCUCUCUGUCCACUUCACGGUGGAUGACAUCUCAGGGUUUGGGGACACCUCCCGAGAGCUCUUCAUCAAGUCCAGCUGUUACAGCACCAUCCCCAUCACCGUGAGCGGUCCUGGUCCCACUGUCUCCUGGACAUUCACCUCUGAACCGAAGAGCAUCUCCUUCAGCGUCGUUUACAGGGAGAGCACAGAGAUUCCACUGGAGCAGGCCAGGGUCUUGAUCCCACUGACUCGCUGUAACUCCCACAAAGAGACAAUCCAGGGGGAACUGAAAGUCAGAAACGCCGGAGAAUACACACUCAUCUUUGACAACUCUUUCUCCAGGUUCAUCUCAAAGAAAGUGCUGUAUCAUCUGAGUCUAGACAAGCCUGUGAUCUACGAUGGAACUGACCUCCUCUGAACGGAACAGGAAGAAAGCAGGUGUGAAACUGACUUUUGAAACACGUUCUGGGUGUUGUAGCUCGUUUACGAAAUUUCACGGGAAGUGGGUCUGAGUCUACUGACGUUUACCAACCUCAAUGACAGGUUGUGUUACUUUAAAAAUGUCUAUCAGUGUGCGACUUGAUCAGGAGGUGUUGCACAUCAGAUGAAUUCUGAUCAUGAGAAAGCAAUGAAGUUAAACAAUGUUACACUACUGAAUAUGAGCAUGCACUACCUUUAAAAAGCUGGCGUAGUAGUUUAAAUGUAGCAUUAAGGGUAUCAAACUUCACUCCUAGAUGACUGGAGGAUUGUGGUGUAUUUGAAUGUCAAGAACUUGUGUGUGUGUGUGUGUGUGUGUGCAUACACAAGUUUCUCACCACAAGCUCCUGGAGGAUUUUUUUUACUACAUUCUUGUUAAGUAAAGCUGCAUUUCUUUUGUUUAGUAUGAGAUGAAAUUGUUUGGUGAAUCAUGGGUUAUUACAGUUAUUUGCCUCAUCUCAUAAAAUUAGACUACUUUCCCCUAAAAUGGGAUUAAUGCGAUUUCUGCACAAUAACAAAAGAGUGCUAGAUAUAUUUAAAAUCCUCUACUUUGGUACAGGGCUGUUGCGAUAACCACGAUAUUGCAAUAACAGGCUGUUGGUAAAAUAACUGCAGGGGAUGGCAAGCAACAACAACUGCUGUACUCACGUUCUUUCUUUUUUCGUGGGAUCGCCACAUAUUUACAUUCUGCUACAAACGACAGCAGUAUGUUGAAGCGCUGCACGGCCUUUCUGCACUGAGUGCUGCAAAUUUGCCGUUUUCUUGCUGCAGAGAGUUUAAAAGUAUUCAAAUUUGGGUAAAACGCUGCAGACACUCGUCACUGUUACGUAUUACCCAGCCGUCCAAUCACAAGGGAGGAAAGUCGGGACAAAUACCACAAAGACCAACCGUCACAUUGCUAAACAACAAGAACAAUAGAGGAGAAAUUACUGAACCCGCACAGACCAGCAGGUCCGUCAUCUCUCCCAAAGUGCUUCAGCCUUCCUUUCAUCCAGAGUGACGGGAUAACUUCCCCAGAUAAUCCGUAUAAUGGCAAGUGGAUGCAAACAAAGCGUCUUAGCUGAAAAAACAUCAUGCCUCUUAUUGCAUCUCGUAACAAAAUUUGUUUUAAAAAUUUCUCUUUUUUUCAUUUAAAAAGCAACAAUAUAACAAUAAACAAUAGAGCAUAUUUACAAAGCACUAAUAUCAGGAAAACUGAAGUAAAUUGAAAACACAACAAAAAUGACAGAAAUACCGCUUAUCACUUCCCCCAAUCACGAUAGAAGAAAUUCCAUUACAGCAACAGCCCGACUGUGGCAUGUGUAAUUUAAUGUUGUGUUAUCAAUAUUUAUCAUGGCUACAUUCAUUUCCCAGAAAAUGAACCUAGCAACUGUUUUUGGAUAAAAGAACUAGACAGAAAUGUUUGUUUUUGAAGUUACAAAUAAAGAUACUUCAUCAUAUUGAUGUAAAAAAAACUCUAAAAAAUACACUUUUGCCAUAAAUCAUGUCCUGUUCGUAGAUUGAUUAAUGGCUUAAUACACCUGGAGAGAUUAAGGGGAGAGCUACCACAGUAUAAAUGGUUUUGCAAAAUGUCUGACUGUUGACAAAAUUACAUGAUCAAUAACGUAAAUAUUACAGGAAAGAGACACAGACAAAAAGCGUUCUGCUGUUAUUUUGUAUAGGAUUUUUUGUUUUAAUGCCAAAACAGCUUAAAGAUAAAAUAAUGGAAACUGAAUUUGUUUUACUUGCUUUAACGUACCAUUAGCAAACCAUCAUGCUGUUACAGAAUUGUUGGUGGAGAAUCUUACUUGUUAUACUAUUUGUGUCCAAAGCAUUUACUGGGUUUUUUUUAAGUUCCGACUUAUUUCCUUCAUUAAAAUUGUUGCCUUUUCAUCUGUCUGAAAUUACAAGAAAUGGAUUUGUUUUGUUGCAUUUGUGCAACGCAGAAAGAAGCAGGACUUCUGCAAAAGCUGCCAUAAUACCACAUUAUUUGGUUUCAGUUGUCUCCAGGAAACAGGUUUUCAUUCAGUCUUUCUGAUAAUUGCAGUUAAAGGUUUCUAUGCAUACAAACACUAAGAAUGUGCACGUUUCCCCGACUUAACCCUCUGGGGGGUAAAAAGAAGGAGCACAUAUCAAAAUGUAAGUUUCAGUGCUUUAAAUAUUUAGUUUUAACUUGAAUCGUCACUCAUACUGACAAACAGUGAGGGUUUAGCAUUAAAGUUAGCGAAGAUAGAAGCUGCGGUUACAUAUUCUCGCAAAGUGUUUAGAUAAGGAAACAUUAGUUUUGGAAAAACAAAAAUAAUUAUAUAAGACAUUUUAUUUAUAGAGUGCUUUUCUAGAUAGACGGAGAUGUUUGUUCUUCCGUACAGUUGUUUACUGUUGCUGUGUGAUGAUCUACGUAAAUACGUUCUGCAGUGUGUCAAAGAGGAGUGUGAAUCUCAGCAAACAGCCUUCAGAAAACGAAAGUCCAAAAAUCACUUUUAUACUUGUCUCAUAUGGAUCUUUUAUUUAGAGGCUUUAAUGUUGGAAUUUACCUUUAUUUCUCAUUUGUGUCUUCACUCUGGUCUUAUGAUUAAACUGACUUGAAUUUACUGAAACAUUGCUUCGCUAUUCAACAGAGAAUUCACAAAUUCCAAAAUGUCUCCCACUAUUUUAAAACCAUUUUUAACUUAUAUUUUGAACAUCAAAUUAGGAAGAUGAUUAGGAAAAAUGACUUUUUUAUACAUAUCUGAGUAAGAAGAAUGGUAUAUUGCCAAAUACAUUGGAGAAACAUAUCAGUCUAUUUUAUUGUUCUUGAAUGGGAGUUUCUAUUUGAAGGCACUGCGACAUGACUGCUGUAUAAUGCACUUUUGAAAGGGCUUUUUGUCCGUCUGUAUCCCAUGAGCCUUUGUGCCAGCUGAUGAAUGUUUUCUUUUUUUCUUUUCAUUUGUAUCUAGUGUGUGUGUGUGUGUGUGUGUGUGUGUGUGUGUGUGUGUGUGUGUGACUGUAGACGUUUACUGCUGGAUUUUUCAGAGGGAAGCUUUCACUCUGAUGUAACCUGUAAAUGAUUGUUGACAAAUGUUUUAUUGAAAUAUCAUUUCCACACUAAAGAAUUAUAAUAGAAUGGAUUUA